UAAGCGAGAAGCACACCUUGUUUUUUCUUUAGCUGGAAGAAGAAGCAGCAGCAGCAGAGCUCUGUGAACAUGUCUGGAAGAGGCAAGACCGGAGGAAAAGCCCGUGCUAAGGCUAAGACGCGCAGCUCCCGCGCUGGUCUUCAGUUUCCUGUCGGCCGCGUGCAUCGCCUUCUGCGGAAAGGGAACUACGCCGAGCGGGUCGGUGCCGGGGCUCCUGUGUACCUGGCCGCUGUGCUCGAGUAUCUGACCGCUGAGAUCCUGGAGUUGGCGGGUAACGCGGCCCGGGACAAUAAGAAGACUCGCAUCAUUCCUCGGCAUCUGCAGCUCGCUGUCCGUAAUGAUGAAGAGUUGAACAAACUGCUCGGCGGAGUGACCAUCGCUCAGGGCGGCGUGUUGCCCAACAUCCAGGCCGUGCUGCUCCCCAAGAAGACCGGCCAAGCCGCUCCGAGUUCCGGCAAGGCAGGAAAGAAAAGCUCCUCUCAGUCUCAAGAAUACUAAACAAUAGCCCGGACUCGCCCUGAUUAACACUGACAACCCAAAGGCCCUUUUAAGGGCCGCCCAGUUUACCCAGAAGGAGUGACUUCCAUUGUUCAUUUUCUUUCCAUAUGUGUUAAUGUGCUUUUAUACAACUCUGAAUAAAUGUUUUUUUUCGCUAACUUAA